AUGUACUUCUCAAUUCCCAUCGCUCAAGAAGAAUUCAUAUUAACGGAAAUGAUUUUAAGUGGAAGAUGUACGGCUGAAAGCGUUCCAUUCCAUCAUAGAAACGUGCUAUGUGGGUCACAAAUAACUCAUUACAGCACAAAAUCUGUUGCUGAUAAAGUCGAAUUUAUGGUCAAUUCACUCUUGACAUUGUCAAUGAGCCAUGGUUGGGCAAAUACGCUACUGGGUUGGAGUUUUCAUGAAAUUUUAAGGGUCAUUUCAAUUUUUGAAGUGGAUUUCGUUUGGUUAGCUCUAUUAACAACUCCAUUGAGACACAACGAUUCUCUUCGUUUUUCUCUUUAG